AUGUAUUCAGAUCAAAGAAAUCAACAAUGUGAAUUAAUCGAGCAAAUCAAGACAUUGAAUGGCAAUGAAAAUCUUCCAGAAAAAUUAAAUCAUCUCAUCAAUGGAUUUCAGGUAUCAGAAUCAGAAUCAAAUAGUGAUAGUGAUACUGAAGAAAAUGAAGAAGAGGAAUAUUGUUUUGUUCGAAUGAAUUAUCGAAAUUCAAUUUCGGCCGAACAGAUUGAUGAAUUGAAAAUAGUACAAUAUAAUGAAAUAAUCUAUAGCGGUUGCUUACAAGAUGGAGAUUCAUUUAUAUUUAAAUCGAGACGAGAUUCAAACGAAUCAACAUACAAAUUAUAUAUUUAUUGUAAUGAUUUACUUGACAAUGAGAUGGUCUCUUGUUGUGAAUACGGUUUGAUGCAUUAUAAUCAAUACAAAUCAUUUCAAAUUGAACAAAUUAUGAAAUCGAAACCAUGUCAGAAAUGUCAAUCAAAAGAUGAUGCAUUUCCAUCAUUGAGCGAAGUAUCAGAAAAGCCUCCACAAUUAUCACCAAUGAUAUCGUUUAAUGAUCAUUCUGUUCCGUCAACUCCAAUAUCAUCAGAAAUGAUUAGUUCCAAUUUCUUCGCCUUAAUGAAUCAAAAUAGUAACACACAAAGUAAUAUUCAACAACAAUUUCAAAAUGAAGAUGUUUCUGAACCGAACAAUAUUUUCGAAACUUUAGCGAAUUUAUUAUACAAUGCCAUGUUUCGAGCUGGUGAAAAUACAGAAACGUCAUCAAAAAUAAAUCAUCGAGAGAAAGGCAAUGUUGAAUGGGUUAAUCUAAUAUAUUUGCAUACUUCAUCUCCUGAUCCAUCGAUCGUACAAAAAAUUCGUCGUUUCAUAAAUAUCGUCAUGAUUUUCAAUGAUACCGAUGAUUGUAUUGCAUAUAUAAAUAGUUUAUCAAAUCAAAGGAUUGUUUUAAUACUUUCCGAUGACUUUUGUGAUUCACUUCUUCCACGAAUUGAAAAUAUGCUAAAUAUUUUAUCAGUUUAUAUUUUAUCGACAAAUUCAGAUAAGAAUUUAACAUUUUCUUCGACUCAAAUUCGAGGUGUUUAUCCAUCGAUUGAUGAUAUUUAUGAAAUGAUAUCUGAUGAUGUUAAUCCAAUUAAAUCUGAUCUACUACUUUUUCAAAAAGUUUAUGCGAAUGGAACUACACUUGAUAAGACAUUUGUCUUUUUUCAAUUACUCAGUGAUAUUCUUAUCGAUCGUAAUGAAACUGAACAUGCAUUUGAAGAAUUAGUUCAUUUUGCUCGUCAAGAAUACGAAGGAAAUGAAUACGAAUUAGCACAAAUUGAAGAAUUUGAAAAGAGUUAUAAGAAUACUCAAGCAAUAUCAUGGUUAUCUCGAAAAUGUUUCCUAUUAAAAAUGUUACACAAUGCUAUUCUUUUUCGUGAAGUAGAUAUAUUAUUUAAACUUCGUCUCUUUAUUCAAGAUUUAAAAACCAAACUUGAAAAUAAAACUAUAAUGGAACCAAUUAGUGUUUACUUAGGAAAUACUAUUGAACAAUCAGAAAUCGAUCGAUUUGAAGCAUUAAAAUUAAAUGAAAAUUUAGUAACAUUUCAUCAACUAUUAUUUGCUUCAACGGAUCAAUCACAAGCAAUUGCAAGAGCAGAAAAACUUUCACGUUCUAGUGAAGAAUAUUUGAAUCUUCUUAUUCGUAUUGAUUUUCCAUCAGCAGCGAAAUGUCUUACUCGACUUUCAUCCUCGAACAAUGAUAAUGAUGGAAUCGAUAUAUUUAUUAAUGCUGGUAUUGCGACAAAAAUUAUUACCAUUGAAAAAGAUUAUCAAGAAAAAGGUUGUAUUCUAAUUCAUUUAGAAUUCGUUUCAUAUGCAGAUGAAAUAAAUAUUCAAACAGAAAUGCAAGAAGCACGUAAAGAAAUUGAUAAUUCUUCUCCAUUAUUUCGAUUAGCAAGAUUAUUAUUGAAAGCUAAUCAACUAUCGUUUGCUGAACAAUUCUUUGCAAAGCUUGUCGAUGAAGAUCUUCUUAUCAAUGAUACGAAACGACAGAAGUCCUUAUCACUAUCUUUAGACUAUUUAGCAUUGAUUCAUUAUCAAAGAGAAAGUUUCAAACGUGCAAGUGAUUUAUUUCUUCUCUGUUUAAAAGCUUAUCAUCGAUUCUUGCCAGUACAUAGUCUAGAUUUACAUCAAGCUUAUCGUGAUCUUGGUGAAUCAUUUUAUCGUCUGGGUGAAUAUCAAUCAGCUAUUGAUUAUUAUCAACAAGCACUUGAUACUCAACUUCGUUCAUAUAUUCCUAAUUUAAUUGCUGCAGCUUUCUGUUGUUAUAAAUUAGGUGUGAUCUAUUUUAAACAAGAAAAUGAUCAAAAUGCUAUUCAAGCUUUGGGUCGUGCCGAGAAAAUUCUUAAACAAUCCGGUGAAACACAUCAUACAGAGUUGAUUUCAAUUUAUGUGACUUUAGGUGAUAAUUAUUUUUCCAAAGACAAAUAUGAUGAUGCUGUUAUUUAUUAUAAAAAAAUCAUCGAAGUUUUACAAUCUAUUCAACCAAAUGAUCCCAAAGAACUUUAUACAGUACAUUUUGUUAUCGCAAGUAUUUAUUUGAAAACAGAGAAAUAUCGCGAUGCCAUGAUUUAUUAUAAAUACUCAUACGAUUACGCUAGAGAAUUUUUACCAGAAAAGCAUGAUACUUUUGUGUUGCUUCACAAUAAUAUUGGUUAUACAUGUUAUGAAGAAAAACAAUAUUCAAGUGCAUUGAAUCAUUAUUCUCAAGGUCUUUCCUUAGCACCAGAGUGCUUAUCCGAUGAUGAUACUUUAAUCAGUACGCUUUUAUCAAAUAUAGCAUUGGUUUAUGCAGAUACAGAAAGAUUCGAUGAAGCUAUUGAAUCAAUGGAAAAAUCUAUUGAACAACUUCGAAAAACUCUUCCAGAUGAUGAUGAAAAAGUAGUUCAUGACCGAACAUUACUGGCUGGAAUCAAACGAAAGAAAAUUCUUUAUGAAGUUAUUGGCGAACCUUCUGAAUAUUUUUAA